UGGCAACACUUCUGUAACUUGUCAAAGUCAGUCGGCCGUGGCUCUGAAAUAUCAACAAAAAUUUUGCUCCUGCUAUUUUGGUGUAAUAUUACAUCAAAAUGGACGAUAAAUAUGAAACUGUUAAAUUGUGCUAUACGGUCCACCGAUACUCCAGCUAUAGUAGUAACUAUAUACCUGAAAAUAUUAUGGUUAAUAACCCCACCGACCAGCUGUCGAGAUGGUUUACUGAUAGCAAUUCGCCGUCUCAAUAUAUAAUGCUAAAAUUGAAAAGUCCAUCAAUUGUGGAGUCAAUAAAAUUCGGUAAAUAUAUAAAAGCCCAUGUGAGUGACCUGAAGAAAUUUCAAAUUUAUGGUGGGGCCGAAGAAAACAAUUUGUCUUUAUUACUUACAGCUGGUCUCAAGAAGGACAGUACGUCAGAAGUAUUUCGGCUGCGGUGCCGGACGGCAGAAGGCUUGUUUCUCCCGAUACAAUACCUAAAAAUAGUACCUCUGCAAUCCUGGGGUCCCGCCUAUAAUUAUACCAUAUGGUAUGUAGAACUUAAUGGAAAGAAUCAAGAACAAAUAAUUAGUAACGCAAUGGAAACUAUUAACUUGCGUAAAGAAGAAGAAGCGGUGCGUUUGUUGCUUAAACAUUUGCGCCGGCGACGGUACAAAGACGCUUUCGAAGCACUGUCUCGUGAAAGUGGAGUACAGCUUGAAGGGCCACUACAAUCCAAAUUAUGGAACGCACUUGUUGAAAAAGGAGAUUUCAAACAAGCUGAAGAAUUGUUCGAUCAAGCUAUCGCAGAAGGCGAACUGGAUUGGUACCUCAGUUGGCAGCCAUACAGUCCUCACUGGAGGCAGAUGUCCGCGUGCUCCACGCAGGUGGAGGACCGCCUGUGGAGUGGAGAGGCUCCGCCCCCUCCUCCUGCUAGGCAGCACGACCUGCUCUGUGCUGAUAGAGAUCCGAGGCCCGAUACUGCGGAAGCGCCAGUAAACGGCGCGGAACAGAGCGAGGCGUGCGAGAGCGCAUGCGCCGGAAGCUUGGCCUACAACAAGCCCGGACCUCGGGGCGGACAUCAGCUCGUCGUGGACUCUACAACUGGUACCCUAUAUCUCUUCGGUGGCUGGAAUGGCUCAGAAGAUUUGGAUGAUCUCUGGUCGUUCUGCACGACCAGUGAACGUUGGACUCUGCUGUGUAAGCACAGCGGUGAGGUCGGAGGUCCAUCUCCUCGGUCAUGCCACAAGAUGGUCUUUGACGCCGUUAACCGACGCCUCUAUACACUUGGCAGAUACCUGGACAAUGCGCAACGCGUGCCGACAAACAUGAAUAGUGACCUGUAUAUGUACGACAUCGCGAGCGGGGAGUGGUCGCUGGUAUGCUCGGACACGUCGGUGGUGGGGGGGCCGCGCCUGGUCUUCGACCACCAGAUGUGCAUCGACGCCGACACACAGACCAUCUACGUCUUCGGGGGCAGGGUGCUUCCCGCCAACACAGAGGAGGUAGUAAGCCCUCAGUACUCCGGGCUGUUCGCGUACUACAUAGCGACGAACACGUGGCAGCUAGUACUGAGUGACCGCCACGAACUCAACGCGCCACAAGCACGCGUCUCACAUUCUAUGCUCUUCCACCCGGUACAGCGUCGGCUGUACAUGUUCGCGGGGCAGCGCAACAAGGAGCAGCUGGUGGACCUGUGGUGGUGGGACGUGGCGUCCGGCCAGUGCGGCGCGCUCUGUCGCGGCGCCGUCGCCCCGCCCCCGCCGCAGGCAGGCUUCACGCAGCGCGCCACGCUCGACCCAGACACCGACGAACUCUUCGUGCUCUCUGGUAUGAGCAAGGAGAAAGACAAGCGUGUCUAUAAUAGUCUGUGGGUGUUCUCCCUGCGCCGCCUGACGUGGUCGUGCGUGUACCGGAACGAUAGUGUCGCGCCCAACGAGCCCAGGCCACGCUUCGCACAUCAACUCGUCUACGAUCCUGUUAAGAAGAUACAUUACUUAUUCGGCGGCAACCCGGGCAACCAGGGCAGCCCCCGCGUCCGGCUGGACGACCUUUGGGCUCUCCGCCUGCGUCGGCCGACGCUGGGCGGCGUGCGGCAGUCAGUCCGCGCGUCGCUGCGGGAGGCUCGCUACCGCGCGCUGGCCGCCGCCGCCGCGCGGGGGGACGAUGGCGCCGCCCUCGCCGCGCUGCACUACCUCAGGAACGAUCUGCACGAAGCGCUCGACCAUUCCAACAAAGAACAGGUGUCGAGAUUCCAGAAGCUGGCGACAGUACUGUUCGCAGGUCCGGGCCCCGCGGAGCCGGCCCCGGCGACGCUGACCCCGCGGCGCACGCGCAGCCUGGCCCGCCGCCGCCGCGCCAUGCCCGCCGCUACUGAUAUCGCGCUGUCACUAGCUCAGGUCUUAGGUGCGGACGAACCAUAUCCAGAACCCACGCAACCAUUCGAAGAAAUAAAGGAACCAACACCUGACACUUGGGACGUUGGUCCUGAUGACGAGGAUCCCUCGGAACAGGAGGAGACAGCCGAGUGGAAUGCGCGGGCGCAGCGCAUGAAGCUGUACGAUUGGCUGUGUAGGUUCUUUAGGCCCUCGACCGUGCCGCCCAAGGGUGAUAUCACAGAUAUGGUUAUACUGUAAGACGGACUAUCAUGUAGGUCGAGACACACUUUGAUAUGAUGAUACUGACGGGCAGGUAACAAUUACUUGGCAACUCUACAAAAUUAUACCACCCUCAGACUAAACAGUAUGCAACAUACUUUUGUACUCAAAUAACUGCAUUUAAUUCCUUUAAGUAAAUCGGACCGCAUGCUCAGUAGUCUAAAUAGUGACUUGUAAGUUUGUCCACAGUUACCUGCCUUCUUAUCGAGCUUGUAAGAUAACAGUCGUGUAUCGUUAUAAGCACUAAGUUUAGGUAUUUGUGAAGUGGAAGACUUCUCACUACUUUUGAUUACAUCUACUGCCAUAUUGGUCAAAAAUAUGAAAAAUUAAAUUCUUCCAUUACAUAUUAAGUACGCGUAAUUUGUACCCCUAUCUAUAAUAAUAAUGUUUAUACGUAAAUGUGACGUAUAAACAGCAAACGUUAUAGUCAUAUAAAUCACAAUUUCUUAUGAUACUAGACUUCUUACUUUAAUGCCGUAUUUAACUGUAUUUAAUCACAAAUUGUAGUUGAUAAGAAUUGUAAUAUCAUAUUCGACUUAGAUUUUAUGGCCGCAAGAACGUGUUAGGUGUAUUUACGAAGCGCCUUGAUAAAAUUAUGAUUUAUUUAUUUUUAUGUUGAAGCUGUCAAAGGAGUUUUUCUUUCGUCUUCAAUGUUAUUCUUUGUCUCGUGGCCGCCAUACAUAAUAAUAAAUAAUGUAUUAACAUUGAAAUAUAAUAAUCAUGUAAUCUGUAUUGUUGUUCUAAUAUCGACGUAAUUCACUAUUGACAAUAUUUUUGUACACAAAAAUGCAAAAUGUUUUCAGUUUACAUUUUUAUACAUGCAUUGUAUGAGCAUUUUUAGUUAAAUAUAAUAAAAUUACUAAUAUUUAAUUGACUUGUUGCAAGACUGACAUAAUGUAUUUGUUAAUUACUAUUUUAUAAUAAAAUACUACUAAAAAGCGCUCAAAAUCACCAAAGUGUUCACUCGAUUUUUGAAUCGACACAUUCCCUGAAGACAGAAUACUCGCCAGCUAGAUCUAGUUACAUUAUAUUUUUUUUCUUCUAAAUUUGAAUUUCGAAUGUCAUUUUUCUAAUAUUUUCCCGCUCAAUCUUGAAUUCAGAAUGCAGCAAAACAUUUUGUCAAUCUUGCAAGUAAUAUGUACAUACAAGAAUGCCUACUCGAAGCUAAAUAUGAUGAGUGUGAGUAAUUAAGUGCAACUUAGAGGCUUUGUUACCUUCGUAACAUUGUAAAUAACUUUUUUAUAUACAAGAAAUGUAUCUAAUAAGCGUGUAACCGUGUUCCCUUGAAGUCUAGUCAGCAUUGAAUACUAAGUUAUACGCGAUACAUUCACGACAUUUAUUUAAAUAGGAUACAAAAGACAAUAAUAAUGCAUUUCAUUGUUGAUAUUUUAACAAUUUAAGUGAAAUUUUAUAUGCACUAACCUUUUUUCUGGCAGCUUAAGUAAGAGUUUUGACGCAAACAAUGCACAUUUUACAGUCAGCUUUUAUUAGAAUUAGAAAUAAUGGGACGCGUGAGUUUACAGUCUGUGAUAAAAUUGCUGUAACGAUAAGUGUAGUUAUUGGAGUGAGGAGCCCCAGCGAGGGCCUUCGAGCUAGGGAUUGUUGCCAAAUUUUAGUAAUACCACUGGAGAGAAUGCCUCCUAUAUAUUUUAUUUUACGUUUUAAUUACGUAAACUUAAAAGAAAUAGUGUUUUAAUAUUGUUUUUUUUUAUAUAAGAAACGAUCGACUGUUUUCGGCAUUUGGUUUGUUUUAAUAAGUUUUUAGGGUAUGUAGUGUUCAAUGGUUUAAUAUUUAUGUGUAAUCAUAUGUUUAAGAAUGGAUCAGUGAAGUCACUGUUUUGUAGUAUUUACAUUAUCGACGUGUUUCAUGUGUUUCUCAUAGCGUGAAUUAUGACAUCUCAAGCAAUUUGUUCGACAUGUGCAAUUAUAUG